CCCGCCCCCCAGCAAGAUGGCGGCGAGAUUGUUGGUUCGGCUGGUGGACCGGGCGGCCGGGCCUGGCGGGGCCCUUCCGCGCCCGCUGACUCGCCUGGCCUUCCCUGCGUGGCCGAGGCGCCGGAUCAGCGGGGCCAGCCCGGUUUUGGUGGAGCUGGACGAGCGCGCGGGCGUGGCGGUGGUGCGGCUGCAGCAGCCGCCAGUGAACGGGCUCAGCCUGGCGCUGCUGACCGAGCUCUGCCUGGCGCUGCAGAAGCUGGAGGACCGCCGGGCCUGCCGCGGCCUCGUCUUCACCUCGGCCAUCCCCGGGAUCUUCUCGGCCGGGCUGGACAUCACGGAGAUGUGCGGGCGGAGCGAGGAGCGCCUGGGCGAGUUCUGGAGGGCCGUGCAGCAGCUCUGGAUCCUCCUCUACGGCAGCCGCCUGGCCACCGUGGCCGCCAUCAACGGUUCCAGCCCCGCGGGAGGCUGCCUGGUGGCCUUGUCGUGUGACUACCGGAUCAUGGCUGAGAAUCCCAAGUACAACAUUGGCCUGAAUGAGACAAGAUUGGGCAUAGUGGCCCCUUUUUGGUUCAAGGACUCUUUGCUGAACACUGUUGGCCAUAGGGCCACCGAGCGCUCCCUCCAGCUGGGACUCCUGUAUUCUCCUCAAGAAGCCCUCAAAAUUGGCCUCGUGGAUGAGUUGGUGCCUGAAGAGAAGAUUCUAGCCAGAGCUGCAGAAAUCAUGGGCCAGUGGCUGGCCAUUCCAGAUCACGCCCGACAGCUCUCCAAGUCCACCCUACGGAAGCAAACUCUUGACCACCUGCUGAUGCAUCGGGAGGCUGACAUCCAGGACUUUGUGCGCUUUAUUUCCAGGGAUGCUAUUCAGAAGUCUCUCCAGAAGUACAUGGAGAUGUUGAAACAGAAGAAGGCCUGAAAAGGAGUGGGGGUAGCCUUUCCUCUUGUUGGGGCUUGAGGGAGUUUCCUGGCAGCCUCACGGUUGCCCCAUUCUGUCCUUGGGCCUCGGUAGACUGAACGUGUGGUGUCUGACUUUAAUGGCCUUUGCCUAAUUUGUUGCUGGAAUUUGGACUGCAGGGCUCAGCUGGUGGCUGGAGAGGUUAGAAAGGGUUGCAGGGAGGCAGCUAAGCCACCUGGGUCUGCUUAGCUUUUGUCUUUGUAGGAAACAGGCGGAAUGGCAGUUUUCAAUAAACCCUUA